AUGCUCACCGCUCGCGCCGCUGGUGUGCUGCGAACCACCGGCUCGCCGAGGGGCCUGGCGCACCUGCUGCACGCGCGCUGCAAGACGAGCACCGGGAUCGUCGGGCUGCCCGUCCAGCCCGAGGCGAAGGCCAUCCUCGAGGGCCUCUACACCAAAACGCUCUCUGCGCUCGAGGCGUUUCCGGCGUCGGCCGAGUACGCAAAGGUGGUGGGGGGCAUCGCCAAGGAGCGGCUCGCGGUGGUCAAGUCGGCCGCAUCACUUCCUGAGAUUGAGGCCAAGAUUGGCGCCGGGCAAGUCGAGCAGCUGAUUGAGCAGGCGCACACCGCCGCCGCGGAGGACGAGCUGAGGCUCCUCCCGGUGAUGCUGGAGGAGCGCGUGUGGGAGGCGUAUCAGGAGCGCGUGUGGGAGGCGUAUCAGGGCGCCCCUGCCGACGACCUCUACCUCGACCUGAAGCGGCGCGGCAUCACGCUGCAGCGCUUCGACAUCCCCAUGCGACCAUCGCAGGACUUCCCCACGACGGAGGCCGUCGAGCUCAUCGAGGCUGCCGAGCCAGAGAAGUGACGCGCCGCCGCCGAGCGCCGCUGCACACACACACACACACACACACACACACACACACACACACAGAGAGAGAGAGAGAGAGAGAGAGAGAGAGAGAGAGAGGGAGAGGGGAGGGGGGAGAGGGAGAGGGAGAGAGGGAGAGAGGGAGGGAGGCCACACGGACCUCACCACAGACCUCCACCCGGAUGGUGCGCCGUGCAUGCGCCUGUGCAACGCGCCACGUCGCCACGCUGCGGCCCGCGCGCGACCGCCUAUUCUGCCGGGUGUUGAUCUCACACUCGCCUCGCGCGGCCACGGGAGAGAGUCGGUCGCGCCAGCUAUUUCGUUGCACGUUGGAGACUGCU